CGGAUGUCUAAAGUACUCUAUUACUCUAUAAUAAAUCUAUAUUAAACAUUUGAGUACGAGUGUCGGAGUGUACCAGACACUACCAGUGACUAUAUAGUAAUUUUCUGUUUGCUAUGUAUUAAAGAGAUGUUUCCACCACAAAAACAUAGAAUAAAGACAUCCAACAUUUUCCUAACCUUUUUGGCUGUUUGUUUAGUUUUGGCGAACAUUGCAUUCGUCCAUGGGGAUAUAUCAGAUCUACUAGACGAUAAAAUUAAUUGUAUUACUUGGUGUACUUUAAAUGUCCAAGAACAAUCGAAAUGUUUAAAUUUGUCUGCAGCUGUUAAUAGAGAUAGACAAAGAUUUAACCCAAGAGAUUUUAUGGAACUCGUUUGUAAACCGGGACUUAAUAAAGAUGACUGUAUGAUGAAGUUAGAUAACAAUGCAGCAGAUAUUUUGAGUUUAGAUGCUGGAGAAGUAUUUGUUGGUGGCUGAUAUAAUGGUUUGAUACCAUUAAUGCAACAAAUAUUUGAAGAUGGCUCUACUGAAUAUUACUCUGUUGCUUUAAUAAAAAAAAACACCUUAAAGGAUGUGUAUAACCUUGGGGAUUUGAAGGGUAAAAAGGCUUGUUUUGCUGGGGUCGGUACUCAAGCUGGAUGGAAUGUACCAAUAAAUACUCUUAUUUCUAAAGGCUAUAUGAAAAUUGUAGACUGUAAUAACCAUGUGAAAACUACUAUAGAAUUCUUUGGUAAUAGUUGCGCUGUAAAUUCAUUACUUGCCAUGUACAACCCAAUGGGUGAUAAUUCUGCCCGUUUAUGUAUUCUCUGCGCUAGCAAAGUUUCUGGCCAAAAAUGUACAUCAAACGAUCCAUAUGCUGGUGACGAAGGAGCGUUCAGAUGUUUAAUUGAGACGGGUGAUGUCGCAUUUUUACGACAUACAACUGUAUUGGAAAUGUUAAAGGAUCCAUCAUUAUUCAGUAAAAUCAGAGAAGAUGAUUUAGAAUUAUUAUGUGUGGAUGGUUCAAGACGUCCAAUUAGUGAAUACAAUACCUGUAAUUGGGGACCAGUGCCUACUGAUGCUAUUAUGACUACAUCCGCCAAAACAUCUUCUGCUCGUAUUUCAUACCAAAGAUGGCUACGGAAAGUAAUUGAAUUAUAUGGAAAACCAAGAUCUCCACAACAGUUCACAUUUACGGGUCCUGACAUAUACUGGGCAGGAGGAUUCAUUCAAUCUCAGUCUCAAAUCCACAACAAUAUUACCAAAAGUUUUGAUUUAUUUGAUUCUUCAGUUUAUGACAAUCACCACAAUCUUUUGUUACAGGACUCAACAAGAGGUUUACGGCUCUUGGAAGAAACCCAACAAACAUAUACAAGUUAUUUAGGAGAAGCCAUGGACAUUAUACUCGGAGUACGGUAUUGUCCUGUUUCCAAAAUGACACUCUGUGUAACGUCUGAGCCAGAAAUGGAUAAAUGUAUUAAAAUGAAGUUGGCUUUAAGACUUCAACUUUUGGUUCCUGAAUUGCAUUGUUUCCGAGGUUACAGUCAUGUGCAUUGUAUGCAAGCCAUUAGAAAUGGAAAUGCAGAUGUUGCAGUGAUGGAUGCUGGCGAUAUUUAUACCGCUGGACUGCAUUAUGAUGAAAUACCAUUUAUCACUGAAAUGUAUGAUCUACCUGAACCAGAAUAUUAUGUUGUUGCUGUUGCAAAAAAAGAGGAUCCGGAUACUGAAAUAUCAUUUUUAAAAGGUAAAAUGACAUGUCACUCGGGUUUAUAUUCUGGUGGUGGAUGGAUAAUACCAAUGGCAUUUUUGUUGAGUAAUGGGUGGAUACGAAGUUAUGGAUGUGACUCAAUACAAGCUGCCUCUGAAUACUUUAGUAAAUCAGGUUCUAGUUAUCGGUACUGCAGACGUGAUGCCACUGAAGACUUUUAUGGCUACACAGGAGCCUUAAGAUGUUUGGUCGAAGGUGGUGGAAAUGUAGCUUUUGUCAAACAUACCACAGUGUAUGAGAAUGUAGGUGGAAGACGCAAACAGUUGUGGGCAAGAAAUACUUUAACUAAUGAUUUUGAACUUCUGUGUCCUGAUGGUAGAUCAUCGAUUCAUGAUUAUAAGAGGUGUAGCUUGGGUAAAGUGAAAGCUAACGCUGUUAUAACUCGUGGAGGGGAAGCUUAUAAUCAUACCGAAGUGAUGGCAUUCACCAAUCUGUUUAUGGCUGCCCAGCAGUGGUAUGGCAUGAAAACUACUAUUGACAAGUUUACUUUCAGUAUGUUCAAGUCACCAGAACCGUACAGUGAUCUUAUUUUCCAGGAUGCUACCCAGCAGCUUGCAUCCAUUGAUAGUUCACUAAGACAUUAUUCUGAGUGGUUGGGGGAAAAUUUCAUGCUGGCACGUCGUCUUGUCGACUGUCGCGCACCUGGUAGUAAUUUGUAAUAAUUAGGGCUCGGAUGUUUAUAAAAUUGCAUAUUUUUUUCUAUUUAUCCAAUUUAAUGCUCACCUAGAUACAAAUUUAAUUCAUGUUCUACUGAAUCAAAAAAUACUAUUUUUACUUUGCAUAUUUUUGCAUAUUUAAUGGUUUUGUAUUUUAAUAACAUAUUUAGGGAUUUUAAAAAAACAAUUUAAAUUUUUGAACUAUAUAUAAGUUUUAUAGUGGUAACUACAAUCUACCACGCAUUGACGUAAAAUAUAAAUGUUUAUUAAUUUAGGGCUCGGAAGUUUAUAAAAUUGCAUAAUUUUUUCUAUUUAUCCAAUUAAAUGCUCACCUGGAUACAAAUUUAACUCAUGUUCUACUGAAUAAAAAAAAAACUAAUUUUAAAUAUUUUUGCUUAUUUAAUGGUUUUGUAUGUUAAUAGCAGAUUUUGGGAUUUAAAAAUUAAAAAUUAAAUAUUUAUGUUUUUUGUGCAUAUAUUGUUGUUUAUAUUGGCUAGAAAUGCAUAUUUUAUAUUUAUAGCGCAUAUUUUGAUUGCAUAUUUCGUAAUUUUUUAGUGCAUAAACGCAUGCAUAUUUCAGUAAUUUUAAGUGCAUAAACAUCUGAGCCCUAGUAAUAAUAAAUGCUCAUUAUUAGACAAGGAUCAACUUAAUGUUGGUUUUGGUGUAUCAGUAGAAUCAAGAUAUUUGUUACCUUGGACAUUUUAUAGAUAAUCUUAUCGCUACAGUAUCUGCUACAUAAAAAUUAAUUCUGUGAUGAAACAAACACAGUUUCUUUUUCGGCCAACAACUAUUUACUCUUUAAUUCUUUAUCUGCAGGAUACCUUUAUUUAACAGAAAGUAAAUGGCAUAAAUAAUACAUGUAUAUUAUUUUGACUGCAUAAUGUGUACUUAUUAGUUAUUUAUAAUAAAACAUUAUGACAUAUUCAGGAUCUUUUUUGUUAUACGUAUACCAUUUCCUACUUUACGGGACACUCCUUUUUUGGGGAGACGUCAGUGAUGCCAGUGUUGCUACUCGCUCGCUGUGCUGCACUCGGACAA